UGUAGCAAGCGGUGUGGAUGGAAGGCUCGUCGUUUGGGACACAUAGACAAGCCAUAGAACCCGAUACAAUGAAUAAUCAGAGUGAUUCUGGUAUCUGAAACAGCCAUGAUCAUACCUACAACGUCUUGAUUCGUCUUUCCCUGCAAGUUUGAAGCUCUGGUCCCUAACAAUAGCGUGUCAUCGAUGGAUGGAAGCGUCUGGCUGACACCGUCAACAGCCAUUGUCCUUGGGACUGCUUAAAUACACCCAUAUGUAAUGUCCCCUAGAAAUGGGAUUCCUCGCCCAACACGACCUUGAUCCCCGAUUUCACACAAACAUUGGCUGUCAGAUCCCAAUGUCCUCUCCUGAAUCUCCGAGCCGAUUCAUCUACGAGUCCAGGUCUGUCACUCCGACCCUAGGAAGUGGGAAUCGCCGUCCUAGUGCAGGCGCAUUCGGCAUCAAUAUGAGCGACCGCCCAAUUUUCCAUCCGCCGGCCUUUGGCUCACCCUGGCAACCAGCAGUCCUUCAUAAUUACAGACAUCCGCUGGAUGGUUUUCCGGAGCCCCGGGUUGUCGAACUGGGACAAGGGCAGCCAGGCCGGAUCACAGAGUUGCCCGCGAUCAGCCUGUUCGACAACUCACUUUGGGCCGCCGGCUUGGAAUCUCGUGACGAUUGUGUCAGCCCUCGAUCACAAGUGCCGUCUGGCGUACCUGGUCGGCGCCCUCUUGCAAACCAGGAACCCAUUCCUUCCGAGACCCAGCGCGAGACGCCUGCCAGCGGAGGAUUCGCACUAAGCCAAGCGGAGAUGGUCCAGAUGGUCCUUCCGCCGCUCCGGCCACGGCCCAGAACCGGCACGGCCGUGACGGUGAUAUCCAUCAGCGAGGAUGGCCUUUCCACCAAGAGCAGCACGGAUUGGACUCUAGUCUCCACACCCUCGCUUCCAGCCCUGACUCACUCGACCAUCACUAUCAAGACCAUCCAGGACAUCUGCCUCGAAGCCACCCAGAAGUACCUGCAAGCCCACCAACCCAACCGGCACCCUCGCGCUUGCGAGCGGCACCACGUGCCGGCGACGAGAAGCCAGGGAAGGCAGGACCGGCGAUUCUAUCCCUAUCCAACCACCCAGCGACGAUUCCCGCCCGCGCCGCCGCCGCCGGGCCGGGCCAGCGACAGACCCGACGACCACGGCACCUCGCGAGCCGCAAGACCGACCGCCGGCCAGCAGCGAGCCUCGCGCGGCGUCCGGCCGCCCGCCUGCCCUACCAGCCGGACCUCCUUCGCGGACGAGCCGUUCGCGGGGACAGGCACCCGGCGCUACUUGCGCCAUGGCGACGACUACGAGCACGACGGUAACGGCAACGGCGACGCCGACCACCACUCCUGCCCCUGGAAUUGCCACUGCCACUGCUGCCACGACAGUGACCACCCUCCCCCUACCCCCGACUCGGACUCGGACUCGGACUCGGACUCGGCCUCCCUCCUCGCCAACGCAGGCGCCAUUAGCGCGCUCCUGUGGCAACAGGCCCAUGGCCAGCGGCCGGGCGCUACCACUGACACUGCCUAUGCCGAGGCCGCCGUCGUGCACAUGAGCGACCUGCUGCAGUGGGCCGUCUGCGUCUCAGGCGCGGUCGCCGGAACCGCUGCUGCCGCCGCCGCCGUCGUCGUCAUCCCGGACAGGUUUUUCGAGUCGGCGAGACGGCUUUGCGAUUUCUUGGGGGAUCGGGAGGCGGUUGCGGCUGUGGUUGGGCUGGAGAGGGGCGUUGCGGCGGGGGUUGGUGGUGGUGGUGGGGUGAAGGGGGGGGUGGACGAGGAUGGGGAUGAGGGUGGUGGGAGCUGGGCGGUUUGAGAUGCGACUUUGGAGUUGGUGGGGGGAUGUCUACCUAGUUGUGGAGUUUUUGACCGGGGGCAGGAAGGGCACUUGGGGUGUGAUUUCUCAGGGGGUGAGAAGUGAGGGUGAGAGCCAGCUGGAUUACAUUGGCCGAAGGGAUUUGCGGAAAAGGGGUUGGCUUACGGAAACACCGAUUCUGAAGACAAUCUCAGAGGCAGGCGUGGAUAUUCCCUGCAGGAUAGAAUUCCCAGAGACUUU